AUGGUUGGUGUAGUUGGACAUGUUACUGCCUGGGCGACGUUCGGGGUCGCUGUUCGAGCUUUUGCUUUGAUGAUUCAAAGGCGGCCCCUAUUUCUUAAUCCAUCAACACAUGCACUAACAGCUGCUGCAUUUGCAUCUGCUGGCUACUACAUCUACCAGAUAGAACAACGACAAUACGAGAUCAUUGCGCAACGUAGAAAGGAAUUGCUGGAUAAACGAGAACUGAGAAAAACUAUGGAGGCAAAACGGAAAGCGUAUAUAGAGGAACAUCAAUUGAGCACACCCAUAGAACAUCAUAUUUAA